AUGGAGUCUGGAGGGGUAUUGGCCGUGAUUUUAGUACUAAUACAGGGUAUCCUCAGUUUGCCGAUGUCCGGGAACGGCUGCCUCGGGACGAACGUGUACAGUCCUUACGGCUCAUCCCUUUACAUUCCCACAGUAGCGACCGGGAACGGCCAGGCCACGGUCACCUCCUUACCGAAUUGCUUUAGCCCCGCAACGGGGUUUCCGGACUACGGCUCCGUCCGCACUAACCAAGUGACACCCCUGGUCACCGAGAUCGUGCCUUCUCUGCAGUUCGGUGACAUUUCGGUCACAGGGGACAUGCCGAUAGGCGGCACGAUAAAAGUGAGCGGUUGCUUCCCGGUUUACGGCACGGUCGCCGUCGAUGGUAACAUGCCGUCUUCGGGUAAGGCUGUCAUAAAUACUGGCGGUGGUUUCGUCACUCAAUACAUAGAUCCGUCAUGUGGAUGUGGACGUCUAUAG